UUGCUUUAUUGCUUCUUCUUGCGAUGCCACGAGUACAGAUCUGUUAAUCGCGUUGAAUACCGAAGGAAAAGGAGAAAAAUAAAAAGGGGGCAAAAGAAAACUGAAUUCAGUGAUUUUUUUCAGUUCCGCGUUUUUACUGCAGAAUAUUCGCUCCUGUCUGCCGUUUCCUCGGUAUCACUGCAUGCUCUUUUGAGCAUCUGUAAUUUUUUUAUAUACACAAUUCAGUUUGGGAAUAUUUCCUUUUUCUAUAGAAGGCUUUUUGUGUCCUUUGGCAGACCCCUGUUGUCUUAGGAGCAUCAGCGAGGGUGCUUGUGAGGACAAAAACAAGCGGAAGGAACAGAAACAUUUUACGAUUUUUUUUAUCUUGUCCCAUACCGCAGUUGACAGCUCUUCCAGUCGUUAUUUCUGCAAUUGUUGAAACAAUUACCAAUACAGGUUACCGUGUGAAUUAUUCUAGAGGCGCGAGAAAAGGAGACUAUAAUAAAGCUAAUAAAGAAAACAACGAAAAUAACGUUUAAAGUCCAAUAUGAGCUGCACCGUCUUGCAAAACGUGUUCGCUGGUUUGCUCCUCGCGGUGUUGUCGAAAGGACUGAGCGUGCACGCUGCUGAAUUCGGCCACCUGCCCGACAAUAUUACCGUGAGCGAGGGAGAGAGCGUUAUUCUAAGGUGUAAGAUUGAUGAUGAGGUCACCCACAAGGCCUGGCUGAACCGCUCCAACAUCCUGUUCACUGGGAGGGACAAGUGGUCGCUGGAUUCCCGCGUCUCAUUGGUCAACAGCAACGACAGCGACUUCUCCAUCCAGAUCGAGAAGGUGGCGGUGGCAGACGAGGGGCCCUACACCUGCAGCUUCCAGGCCCGCAACCAGCCACGCACUGCGCACGUGUAUCUCAUCGUGCAGGUGCCGGCAAAGAUCGUCAACAUCUCGCAGGACGUGUCGGUGAACGAGGGCAGCAACGUGAACCUGUUCUGCCUGGCCGUGGGGCGGCCGGAGCCCACCGUCACCUGGAGGGACUUCAAAUACGGUCUACUGAGUGAAGGAGAGUUCCUGGACAUCACUGAGAUCAAGCGGCACCAGGCUGAGGAGUUCGAGUGCAUCACCAACAACGGUGUGGCCCCGCCCGACACACGCCGCGUUCGCGUCACCGUCAACUACCCGCCCACAAUCACGGAUGUGAAGAACAUGCCGGCUCACCUGGGCAAGGCAGCCGUGCUCCGCUGCGAGGCCAUGGCUGUGCCCACCGCCUCCUUCGAGUGGUUCCGGGACGACCGCAGGCUGGUGGAAACUGACAGCAACAUGAAGAUCAAGAAUGAGAAAACCCGAUCACUGCUCCUCUUCAACAACGUGACAGAAAAACACUUUGGCAACUACACCUGCUUUGCCUCCAACAGCCUGGGGACCUCCAACGCCAGCAUGCUCCUCUUCCGACCGGGGGCGGUGCACACCAGGGGGGCGGGUGCUGGUGUGGGCCCGGGCUGUGCAGUCUGGGCCUGCCUCCUCCUCUCUCUCCUGCUGAAGAUCUAAGUGUCUCGGCUGCGGAAGAAGGAUCUCUUUAACUACGAACCCAUCACUGUGAACAAAAAAGAAUAUGCAUUAUUCCAGGAGCCAUUUCUGCAUCGCAUUACAUCACAACCCAUCCCCCACCGCCUCGUCCAAUCACGCGCUCACAUCACCAGCUCCCCCCCCCCACCCCCC